AUGCCUCCAAAAGGAGCCAAACCAACAAACGAUGAGCUGCUAGCUCAAUUUGACGACCUUGGUAUUGACACAACGGGCAAGUCCUCAGAACCGACUCCCGCCCCUCCAAGCACGACCUCCACAAAGCCAGCUUCCACAGAAGCUCCAACAGCUAUCGAGAAGGAUCCUCUAGCUGAAUUAGAGAAUCUAGCGUCGCAACGACCUAGUACUCCGCGACUGUCAGCAGAAGCGCGUCGCCCAAAGCCUUCUUCCGGUCGGACAAGCGAAGAGAAACCUGCUACACAACCCCGCGCCGCGGUCGUCGAAGAUGAACAGCUGCCAGAAAAAGUCACACCAGCACCGGCUGCUACAAAUGAAGAGCCCAAAAGCUCUGGUGGGGGGUGGUGGGGAGGGUUCUUGUCGACGGCGACUGCAACAGCCACUGCUGCUAUGAAACAGGCUGAAGCGGCCGUGAAGGAGAUUCAGAAGAACGAAGAAGCGCAGAAAUGGGCAGAGCAGGUGAGAGGAAAUGUCGGUGCUCUCAGAGGUCUUGGAGGAGAAUUACGAACCCUGGCCCUACCAACCUUUACAUCAAUCAUCCACACAUUAGCACCCCCUAUCUCAUCCCACGAACGACUACAAAUACACAUAACUCACGAUCUAUCCGGCUACCCUAGUCUCGAUCCCAUAAUCCACUCCGUCUUCGCGCGCGUAAUGUCACAAGUCGAAGGUGGGGAUCUCCUCGUCAUCCAACGCGGUCAAGAAUCCUCUCCUCGUCGUGGGACAGACUUUGGGUUUCAAUCUUCAAUUACAGGCUGGCGUGAUGGGCCAUGGUGGCGGACCAUCACUCCCGGUACCCCUCGCAGCAUCGCAGCCGUCCCCGGCGUGGUACCAGGCACGAAACUCGCUCGCGCAAGUGCAGAAGCUUAUGCUACGGAAUUCUACUCUUCGCGCGGCGGAAUCGAAGAAGCCGCUAAGCAAGCAACUGAGAUCUUAAGUGAAUCCAACCCCGUGCGAAGCAGCGAUAUUUUCCUUUCAAUCCAGGCUAUUAGCCAGACUAUGCCCAAGGAUUUGUUUCAAGCCGGUCCUACUGCAGAAAAGGCCACACCAGAAGCUGCAGGUGGUGUAGUCGAACCGGCGGAUGAAGGCGAAGAAGAGAUCUUGUUUGCUGUCUACCUGCAUGACCCCAUCCAUGGAAUAGCAUUCAGCACAAUUUCACAAGCUGUCCCCCGCAAAUGGAUCGAUUGGCUCGACGCAUCCGUUCCCGCCUCAGAUGAUCAAGAAGGGGACAUGCGUACCAAGAUCCCCGAAGCGAUCCAGGAUAUUAUCGAAAGCGGGGGCGUAGAUCCUCGGGAAUGGGUAUCAGAGUGGUUGGAGGAGGCGUUGAAUCUGUCCACGGGUGUUGUUGCGCAGCGAUACGUUGCGCGUCGUAUGGGUGUCGGUGAGGGUGGAAUUGCAAAAGGGAAGUUGAAAGCUGAGCAGGCUACGACGAUUGAAGGUGGAGCUGGCGAGGCUGCGAGAACAUUGAUUUAA